AUGAGGUGCCCAUUAUGCCUUAACAGUUCAAGGCCGAUGUAUUGCAGCCAUUGCGUGAAUACGAGUCCCAAUAUACUUGCGCGAUUGAAGAUUGAUCUGCUAAUGCUGAGAGAGGAGAAUCGCAGGCUGAAGGAUCGGGUGGAGAGCAUCUUGGCGUAUGGCUUGGGCGUAAUGGAGGGCUCGGAGGCAGCCGCUGUUGUGGAAAGAACGCUUGAGGAAGGGCACGAGGACGUGGAGGGCGAGAUAUUGGGUCAAAGACUGCUGAAACUGAAUCAACUGAGGGCCAAGAGAAAGCAUAACAGGAUCAGAUACAGGACCGCUCAGCUGUUGAGCAGUUUGGAAGCCAAGAAGCGAACCAUUGACCGCCUUACACAAGAGAGGGAGAAAGUGCCUGUGCUUGAUGUGAACGCCGAGGAGAAGCUGUCAAGGGUCAGGACAGCCGUUCUGGUCGAAAAGACUAGUCAAAUUGCACAGAUACAGAGGGUGCUUUUGAAUAGCCAAGAAGCGAAGCUAAACUCGCUGAGGAGAUGGUUUAUCAUUCGAAAGCGCGAUUCCUACGAGUUCCCUUACUCGAUUGCAUUUCAACCCGUCGUCUCAUUGAAAAACUUUUACAAGCUGCCGCCUAUGGUUGCAUGGGGCUCCAUCUCGAAGAUGUCAGAGUUUGUAGUGCUAUUGUCGGAGGUGUUGCAGUACAAGCUGCCCUGCGAGUUGCCGGACGCAUCCUUCAAGGCGCUGCGAGCCGCUGACAACACGGUCGAAGAUGCCUACGAUGACGACACAAAUGUCGCAGAGCACCUCACCAAGCUGUUAGUCAACAUCAUACAGCUCGCGAGGCGAGCAGGUCUUAUGUCCAAGAAUCCCGUCGAUCUGGCCUGGAUGCUGGAUCAACUGGACAUCGAUACACUCUUCUACAACAUGGCAACUUCUACCGAGAUACCUACAAAGUCUGUGGCCCAACAUUGGACUUACAACAAGCUACUCUCAGUGGUGUCCGAGGCUCUGCAACUUUCCAUCUACGCCGCAUCGCCGGCGUCGCGACAAACGUUGACAGGAACGCUCGCCAACAACAAUGACCACUGGUUCCUGGUUGGGUAG